AUGGAUGAGUUCGGCAACCGGCAGUACCGCAGUGAGCAGGGCGACGCCAACAACGUGAAGACCGGUUCGUACGGAUACAUGGACGUGUACGGCUUGUACCGGCGGGUCAACUACGUCGCCGACGCCAACGGAUUCCGUGCCACAGUCGACACCAACGAACCCGGCACAGCUCCCGGAGCAAGCGCAGACGUCGUGUUCAACGCUGCACCGAUUGUACCACCGGUUCCCGCUGGAGCUGCAGUUUCUGCAGGAUACGGUGCUAGGGCGGCAGUGCCUGGCUACACGAAUGGUUAUGGCGGAUACGGUGCGUACGGAUACGGCCAGAAUGUUGCUGCUGCUGGUACCUACGGCAACGGUGGAUACGGACGUUCCGGCUACGCUCCGUAUGGACAGGGGCUCGGAGGCUCCGGCUACGCUGGAUACGGACGCCCCAGCGGCUACGGUGCUGGCUAUGGUGCUGGCUAUGGUGUUGGUCGAUAUGGUCCGGCUAACUACGGCGGAUGGGCUGCCGGUCACCACGGUUAUCGCCGGCGCUAA